AUGGCAUGUAACAUACCUAACCAAAGACAGCGGACUUUGUCUACAUCUGGAGAAGCUCUAUAUGAAAUUCUUGGUCUGCAUAAGGGAGCAUCAAAUGAAGAAAUUAAGAAAACCUACAGAAAAUUGGCCCUGAAACACCAUCCAGACAAGAAUCCGGAUGAUCCAGCUGCUGCUGACAAGUUUAAAGAAAUCAACAAUGCCCACACAAUACUUACCGACAUGUCAAAGAGAAACAUAUAUGACAAGUAUGGAUCACUGGGACUGUAUGUGGCCGAGCAAUUUGGAGAUGAAAACGUUAACACCUACUUCAUGCUGUCAAGCUGGUGGGCAAAGACCCUGUUUGUCAUCAUUGGCCUCUUGACUGGCUGUUAUUUUUGCUGCUGCCUAUGCUGCUGUUGCAACUGCUGCUGUGGACGCUGCCGGCCCAAAUCGUCGGUGCCAGAAGAGGACUUUUAUGUGUCCCCAGAGGAUCUUGAGGAGCAGAUCAAUACUGACAUGGAAAAAGAUGUGGACUUUCCAGUUGUUCUCCAGCCUACAAAUGCAAAUGAGAAAACACAGCUAAUCAGAGAAGGACCUCGAAGUUAUUGCACAGACUCUUAA